AUGAAUUUUAAUUAAAUAUGUGUUUGGGCCCCAAUUUAUUUAGUGAUUUUUGUGAUUGCAUACAUGGAAAUAAUGAUGAUUUAUGUAAACUUAACAUUUAAAAAUAGAUUUUCAUAAAUCCAGAAGCAACAGAAAUUGUAUUGAUGAUUUUACAUCAUUUAUUAUUGUUGGUUGUGAUAUAUUUAUUUUUUAAAACAAUCACUACAUAACCAGGAACACCUACAUAUUAAUAUACAGAAGAUGACCCUUUGGUUGAAUGGAGAAAGAUUUGUAAACAUUGUUAAAUUAAGAAACCAUUACGAUGUCAUCAUUGUGCAGCUUGUAAUAAAUGCAUAUUAAGAAUGAGUAAUCAUUCUUUUUGGUUAAAUAAUUGUAUAGGGUAGAAGAAUUACAAAUAUUUUUUUUGCUUGCUUUUUUAUUUGAGUAAUUUAAUAUAAAUAUUUAGAGCCCUAACUUUAAUUUUUUACUUUUUUGUUUUUUUAACUAAAGUUAUAAAAGUUCCUCCUACUGGUUAGAUUGAUACAUAUUUUAUAAUUUUUACAGUUCUUUCAAGCCUUGCACUUAUGA